AAAACCCAUGUGUUUGGCGAGCAACCACCAACUUCGCCUCACCCAUGAUGAGACUGCCGGACUGUCAUGCAGCCCUCGGCGCCAAGACAGGCCCGCUCUCGUCGACAUGCUACAUGGAGCCAGAGUCAGCCCAGCGUUGCAUUCUUCGAUUCGUCAGGUGACUGCCAAAGCUCUAGUUCAAGCUCAAAGGAGGAAGAUUCGGAUGAUUCUGGACUUGCUGUGCAGAAGGCCAGAAGCCUUCCAAACCUGAACCGGCGAUUGCCAAAGCGCACUGACAGCAGUGACACCACUGACGGCAAAGAUGGCUAUCCAAGCAUAGACAGCAACCUGCAAAAGGUGGCGAGUCUCAGAGAAGAAGCAGCGCGAGGAUAUCAACGAAAAGUUGAUCGACGGCGUUCGCAAACCUUUAAAUCCAUCACCGUCCCAGAGGAGGUCUUGCAGGUAGCCGUGGAUGACGAGUACCAACUCCCAGAGGAUGAUGACUUCGACGAGUAUGGAGAUUCUGAACGACCUUCAGGGGCUGAUAGGUCAAGGCGGAAAGCUGGACAGCUCUCUACGCUCUUGACUGUUGAUAUUCAUACAGCCACUGUUGCUGCUAACAAAGAAGCGAAGGAAGAAACAAACAGAUUCUUCGAGCCGGGCCACGGAGCACCGGCUCCCAAACAUCCAGCAGAGUCGGGAGACAGGACCCCGGAAAUGGAACGCCAAAGAGCUGCGGCCAUUGAAAAGGUCGCUUCUGCGGCAAGGAAACUCAAUCAGAAACUUCAGAAGCAGCAACAGGCCAUGCUGAGUCGGCGGCGAAAGCGACAUCAGAGCGAGCCAUCUCCUUCCAUGGGGCAAGAUGCCCGUGAAGCUAUCAAAGAAGCAGAAUCGUUCGAGCAGGAAGAACCUGCACCUGCAGGUGGAGUUCCAGCAGUGAUUAUCUUUGAUUGGGAUGACACACUCUUUCCGACGCGCCACGUUACAGAGGUGGUCAAGGCUCUCCACCCCAAGGAUGGUCCCUUGCCGAGUGAAUCUCCAUACUAUGCUGAUCUCAAAGCUCACGCACAGAUUGUCGAGUCAAUUCUUUUGUCCGCUCGGGAGGUUGUUGGCCGCGUAAGUAUUGUGACAUUGGCUCAACGUCCAUGGGUGGAGAACUCCGCAGGAUGGUACCUCCCUGGCUUAGACUUGGAAAAACUCUUUCAGGAACUUGAGAUUGAGAUUUUCUAUGCUCGAGAACAUAUUACGCGACCUCACAUCUACAAUGCUCAGCUGGAGGAAGGAGUUGACAUGUUCGUUAUAGCCAAACGAAAUGCUAUGCUGAAGUGCCUGCGGAAACUCUAUGGUCCUUCAUCACGGACCAUGCAUGUGAUAUCCGUCGGAGAUUCCACAGUGGAGCAUCUUGCUGCCAAAGAGGUUCUGUGGUGUUGCCCUCAGGAGGCUGGGAGCUACUGCAAGACCAUUAAGCUCAUGUCUGACCCCUCUGUCCAGAACCUGACUGAAGAGUUGCAGGUUCUCACAUCCUGGCUGCAGCAAAUCGCUGUUUGCGAAAAAGACUUUGACCUCAGUUUUGAGUCUGAGGACUUCAAUGAUAACAUUACUGUCGCUCUAGCUGGCGCUGGUCACAGGCAUUAGCCUUGAACCGUUUCACAUGUAGUUCGAUUCGGCCCGGAGACUUGUAGCGAGGAGCUAGUUCAGUGUACUAUGCACUGAC